AUGUUGAAGGCACAACCUCCUUUGAUUCAUUCUCGACCACAACGGUGGGAAGAGCUUCGACCUAAAGUAUCUCCAGAAGAAAAGCAAGAUAUAAAAAAGGGGAUUAAGUUGAAACAAUUACCAGAACAUCUCAAAUAUGUCUUUUUAGACAAUGAAGAGAAAUGUCCAGCAAUCAUCAAUUCAGGUUUGAGAGAGAUUCAAGAAGAAGAGCUAAUCAAAGUACUCAAGAAAUACAAAGGUGUUAUUGGUUGGGCGAUGGAAGAUUUGAAAGGAAUCAACCCAACACUGUGUAUGUACAAGAUAUUGAUGGAGGAUGAUCAGAAACCAGUUGUUCAACCUCAACGGAGACUUAACCCAGCUAUGAAAGAAGUCAUUCGCAAGGAGGUUGUUAAACUUUUAGAUGCGGGAUUGAUUUACCCAAUAUCUGAUAGUUUGUGGGUGAGUCCAGUUCAUGUGGUACCGAAGAAGGGAGGAACAACUGUGAUAAAAAAUGAGAAAAAUGAGUUGAUCCCCACUCAGACAGUAACAGGGUACAACCAAAUUGCGGUGGCACCUGAAAAUCAAGAGAAAACGGCGUUCACAUGUCCGUAUGGAAUCUUUGCUUAUAGAAGAAUGUCGUUUGGAUUGUGUAAUGCACCAACAACAUUUCAGAGGUGCAUGACAUCAAUAUUUGCCGAUAUGCUUGAGAAACACAUGGAGGUAUUUAUGGAUGAUUUUUCUGUAUUCGAAUCUUCUUUUGAAAAUUGGAUAGUGCUAGCACAUAAAAUCUCCCAUAAAGGAAUUGAAGUUGACAAGGAAAAAGUAGAGGUGAUAGCCAAUCUCCCUCCUCCAGUUAAUGAGAAAGGUAUACGGAGUUUCUUCGGACAUGCGGGAUUCUACCGUAGGUUCAUCAAAGAUUUCUCCAAGAUCGCCAAACCAUUAACUAGUCUGCUUGUGAAGGAUACUCCGUUUCUGUUUGACAAAAAGUGCAACGAGGCCUUCGAUACUCUGAAGCAUAAAUUGGUGUCUGCUCCUAUAGUGAUCUCUCCUGACUGGUCUUUACCCUUUGAGAUCAUGUGCGAUGCGAGUGAUAUAGCAGUAGGGACAGUCUUGGGGCAAAGAAGAGACAAACUCCUGCACGUGAUCUAUUAUGCCAACCAUGUGUUGAAUCCAGCUCAGAUGAAUUAUGCAACCACAGAGAAGGAGCUACUGGCUGUGGUGUAUGCCUUUGACAAAUUCAGGUCAUACUUAUUGGGAACAAAGGGGUGUGAAAACACAGUUGCUGACCACCUAUCUCGAAUGUCCCCGAUAGAAGAGACUGAAGAAGAACACCCAAUCAAGGAUGAGCUUAUUCAUGAACGAAUCCUCGUUGUGGUGGGUGUUCCAUGUGGAGAUAGGACAACCGCAAAAGUCCUCCAGUCGGGGUUGUACUGGCCUACUUUGUUUAAAGAUGCCCAAGUCAUAGUGAAGGAAUGUGACAGAUGCCAAAGAACAGGGAAUAUUUCUAGGAGAAAUCAGAUGCCCGAAAAGGGCAUGCUUGAAGUGGAAUUAUUUGAUGUUUGGGGGAUUGACUUUAUGGGGCCGUUUCCACCCUCAUUCGGGAAGAAUUAUAUUCUGGUAGUUGUGGACUACGUCUCGAAAUGGGUGGAAGUUGUUGCCCUCCCUACUAAUGAUGCGAGAGUAGUGGUAAACUUUCUCAAGCAAAACAUCUUCUCAAGGUUUGGUGUGCCAAGGGCACUUAUCAGUGAUGAAGGGACACAUUUCUUAAAUAAGCUCAUGGAGAACUUAUUGAAGAAGUAUAAUAUGAAGCACAAGAUUGCCACUCUGUAUCAUCCUCAAACGAGUGGGCAAGUUGAAGUACCCAUUAUGCCCCCGAAGAGAGCAAGCAAAGGAAAGGCUGUGGCCACAUCUUCCAGGCCAAAGCAACGUGCGAGACGCAACCCGAAUGCACAUGGCAUCCUGUUUGAGGAACCAGAUCACCAUGAAAGGUGGACUGGUUCCAAAAUGGAGUUUUAUGGUAAGUUGACUUUCAGAUUGUUUGAUGAGGAUCAUGAGUUGUCUGUGGAGGAACUUGGGGGGAUUCUGAGACUUCCAGUAUCUGGACCCGGAGCACCCCCAGACACUUUUCCAGCGGUUGAUUUCUAG